AUGCCAGUGCUAGACGGUCACGAGGUGAUACUCUAUGCUGACGAUUUCAUGAUUGCUGGUAUCGUUACAAUUGGUCUCGGAAUAUGGUUACUUUGGGAUCCCGUUGCGUCGGAUUUUUUCGCACUUCACUCAACCCACCAUGGUACGAACUUCGAUUUCUUGCAGUUCUUCAUUAUCUUGGUGGUUGUGUUUUGUCUUGAACUUGCUGCUGCAUGUAUGGCAUAUAAUAAGCAAGAAACUAUCCAACAGUACAUCGAAAGUAGUAUGUAUGACACGAUCCGUAACCGAUACACAUCUGAUGCCAAUUACAAGUCGGCAUUCGAUACUAUACAGCAGGAGCUUGAAUGUUGCGGUGUAAAGUCAUAUUUGGAUUGGUUGGGAACCAGCUGGGAUCGAAAAACUCUACAUGUCGACGAUAUUCAGAUUAAAAAAGAACAUGGAAUCGGUGCGAUCGGAGGAAGACGUGUUAAUGGAUAUGGUCGGACACCAUUUUCAUGUUGUAACGAUCACGGAAAAGAAAUCUAUCCCACAAAUUGCGGCGUUUCUUUUACACACGCUCCAUUGGAAACAUAUUCCGAGUUCCUACAUUCUAAGGGAUGCGCAGACGCUCUUCAUGAUUCCAUAUAUCGCAAUCUGGAUAUUGUGAUUGCCAUCUGUGUCAUUGUAGGCGCAGUUCAGGUGAUUUCUUUUAUCAUCACGGAACCAUUUUUCGGAAGCGACAGCGGGUCUUACUCGUCAUGUUUUCGUAGCGACAGAGUCACGCAUGCUGCUGUAACAGCAAAGUUCAGCUGA